AUGAUGUCGAAACUGAAGGAGAAACUGGCUGGCCCAGGUUAUGUGAUCCUCAAUGCGAUCCGCGCCCUAAAUAUCAUUGUGUUUCUGGACAUCAUAGCCGCCUCUGUUGUCAUGUUGAUCAAGACCAACACGCGGAAUGGAUUCUUCUUCUUCCAAGCAGUCACCCACGCCAUCGUGGCCCUAAUCAGUAUUGCUCUCAUCAUCUCCGAGCUCCCUUUCUUCCCGAGCUACUUUAACCGCCGGUGGCCCAUGUUUGGCGAGGAUGCCGGCUUUAUUGCUCUGGCCGCCAUCAUGAUGAUCCUGGGCGUCUCGGUGCUAGGAAACCUGAAUAUGGCAGCCAUGAGUCAGAAGUCCCUUGGAAUGUCAUUUUGGCAGAUCGUCAUUUCUGCCGGGAUCCUGGCCAUGGUCAUGAGCGUGGUUAAUUUGCUGGCAACCUUCAUCUUCUCUUACCACACCGAUGGCGGCGCCAUCAGCGCUCGUCAUGUCCGGCAAUAUGGGGCCCAGGCUCCAAAAGAGCUGCGUGAAGACUCGCUCCCGUCCUAUACCCAGCAGCAGUCUCAGAAUCCCCUCAAGCGCAUGACCAAACGCUUCAGCCGCUUCCCACUCAAGAUCUCCUCCCCCAUCAACCACAAUAACGGCAACAGUAAUCUGGAUCCGAACGCACACGCCAAUGUAAACGAUGCGGCAUCGUCCUAUUACUCGCAUGAAGUGAUUCUUGUCUACCGGCUACCACCAUGGCUGGAGACUCGGAAGACUCACCCGCCUGGAGUUUGUAAGUCUUUGUGGCCUCUUCCGUCGCCCUUCACGGUUUUAACCCCAUUCGUAACCAGAGUCCGAUUUCUCCUCAUCCUAGUCGCAGCUCGCGGUCUUCCUCGUCUGCUCUCUACAAUUUCCGGCGCCCGCAAAUCCGUCACGAGCGCUCCUCGGCGCCCUGUUCCCGCCGCCGCCGGUCGAGCGUUAAACCUCUUGUUCGCCAGUGUCGUCUUCUUUCUCCUCCUCAGCCUGCCUUUCGGUCCUCAGGCGUCGGAGCCAAACAUCUUCGCUUUGACCCGCUCGCGCAUCCAUACCCCGGCCGAUGUGAUCUUCAACCGACUGGCAAAGCUCCGGCCUGGCGAGGUCUUAACCGACGCCGACGGGCUGCUCAAAGACAAGCUGACCUCCCUUGGUUCCCGCAAAGUGUACCUGACCUUUGGCCCUGAUGCCCUGGUAUCAUGCCAAUGGUGUUCGCUCGGCAGUCUCAGGACCUAUCUCCUCUACUACCUGCCGUUCCACGUGUUUCUGCCACAUCUGGGUCAUCUCUUGAUCCUAGGUACGGCCACGUCCUCUGAGAUCGCAGGUCGGGAGUGUGCCCGCUGGCGCAUUCAAUUUAUUCUCGCUGGCAUGGCACUGAUGGCUCUCGACCUCUGCGUGGUGAUUUCCUACGACGCGGUCAGCCCGCCCGCCGUGCGCGAUGGCUUGGUGCCUCCCAUGAGCCUCUAUGACCGUCUGACGCGGGCGCGGUGGCUGGUAUUUAUGCUCUGUGACGCCAUAUGUGCGGCAAUUAUCUACCUUUCUUCUACCAAUCGGCUCUUCUACAAGCCGCCGCCCCCGCUGGAACAGUUGGAUCAGGGCAUGAGAGCCGUCCUAGCGAGGUCGAUCAGUAUCAACGAAAAGCUUCAAGUGGCGAGUGUGACCCGCAAUGCGGUGCUCAGGGACAGGCAGCUGAAGGCGCGUGACGAUCUGUAUUGGCAGACCGUCGCGGCUAUGGAGAAUCCGACCCGGCGUGGUGACGUGGGUGCGGAGAUCCAUGCAACGGGAGGAUACGAUAUGACUAACAACAUCUGGGAAGACGAAGAGGUGGCUCGAGCCAUAUCGCAGGCGAUAGCUGGCGAAGGAAGCAUUAAUACGGCACAAUUGGGACUCAAGGCACGGCAAUUUGUGCGUGGGGUGACGGAGGGCCUGGACUGA